UGAGGCCGGAAUCAAAACCCGAGACCCGCCGGCGGGAAAGGGAGCGCUGCGUGGGAGUCUCGUCUGCAGGUCCAGCCAGGUUCUGCCGCGGCGCGAGCCCCAGCGCGCGCACCUGUGGCCACCUUCCAACCCUCGCUGCUCCGCGCGCUGCAACGCGAGGAAUGGCCACCCCACCCAAGAGGAGCUGCCUGUCUUCCGCGACCAGCCCUCAGGGAACCCGCAUCAAGAAAAUUUCCAUCGAAGGGAACAUCGCUUCAGGGAAGUCAACAUUUGUAAAUAUCCUUAAACAAGUCUGUGAGGAUUGGGAAGUGGUUCCUGAACCUGUUGCCAGAUGGUGUAAUGUUCAAAGUACUCAAGAUGAAUUUGAGGAAUUGACAACGUUUGAGAAAACUGGUGGGAAUAUUCUUCAGAUGAUGUAUGAGAAACCUGAACGAUGGUCUUUUACCUUCCAGUUAUAUGCCUGCCUCAGUCGAAUACGAGCUCAGUUUGCCUCUCUCAGUGGCAAGCUCAGAGAUGCGGAGAAACCUGUAUUAUUUUUUGAACGAUCUGUGUAUAGCGACAGGUAUAUUUUUGCAUCUAAUUUGUAUGAAUCUGACUGCAUGAAUGAAACAGAGUGGACAAUUUAUCAAGACUGGCAUGACUGGAUGAAUAACCAGUUUGGUCAAAGCCUUGAUCUGGAUGGAAUCAUUUAUCUUCGAGCUACUCCAGAGAAAUGCUUGAAUAGAAUAUAUUUACGGGGAAGAAGUGAAGAACAAGAUAUUCCUCUUGAAUAUUUGGAGAAGCUUCACUCUAAGCAUGAAAGCUGGCUCCUGCAUAGAACACUGAAAACCAAUUUUGAUUAUCUACAAGAAGUGCCUAUCUUAACACUGGAUGUUAAUGAAGACUUUAAAGACAAAUAUGACAGUCUGAUUGAAAAGGUCAAAGAAUUUUUGAACACUUUGUGAUCUUGCUGAAGACUACAGGCAGCCAGAUGAUUCCAAAUACUUAAACUUUGUGUAUCUUUGUGGCUCCAUAUUCAUAUAAGUCUUUGUAGAAAACCUAAGUUUUUAACUAUUUUUGUUCCAAGAAAAAAAUUUUUUUUUGAUGAUUCCUAUACAAAAGUUUAUAACUAGUUUCUUUUUUUUUUUUU